CUCCUCUCUUCUCCAGCGUCCGAUCUCUCCCUCUCUCUCUCAUCUCCUUCCUCCUCUUCUCCUCCAAUCAAUCCAUCUCUCUCUCUUCCUCCCGCCCUUUUUCAAAUUCAUCAGGGUUUCUGAUGGCGGAGACGCAGGGCAAGGGGGCGAGUCCCGGCGGGAGCCACGAGAGUGGUGGGGACCAGAGCCCGAGGUCGGCCAACGUCCGCGAGCAGGACAGGUUCCUUCCCAUCGCUAACAUCAGCCGGAUCAUGAAGAGAGGGCUUCCUCCCAAUGGCAAGAUCUCUAAGGACGCUAAGGAUACUGUUCAGGAAUGCGUUUCUGAGUUCAUCAGCUUCAUCACCAGCGAGGCCAGUGAUAAGUGUCAGCGAGAGAAAAGGAAGACUAUUAAUGGAGAUGAUUUGCUCUGGGCAAUGGCUACUUUAGGGUUUGAAGAUUACAUUGAACCCCUCAAGGUGUAUCUGAUGAGAUAUAGAGAGAUGGAGGGCGACACUAAGGGAUCAGCAAAGGGCGGGGAUGCAAAUGCAAAGAAAGAUGCCCAACAAACCCAAAGCGCUCAGUUUGCUCACCAAGGCUCCUUCUCACAAGGUCUUGCUUAUGGAAACUCUCAAGGUCAGCAGCAUAUGAUGGUCACAAUGCCGGGAUCAGAGUAGGCCAUAUCGGCUUGCCUUCAAUCUCCACGGAAGAACGGAUACCGUGCCUUUUCAAGAACCCUGAGAGCAAAACCAUGGUCCAUGGCAAUAGCCGAGACCCGAGAGGUUAUGUAUCAAUCAAUCAAUCAAUCUGUAAGGUUGAGACAAGUUUUGUGUAUUAUCUAUUCUUUUCUUUCUGUCUUGUUAAGAUUUUUUUGGAUGAUCGUUUCUUUUUGUGUGUGUGAUGUGUAUCGUUUGCUUUA